GAGGAGGAGGAGGGCUCGCUUGUCAAGAACGCCUCAGAAGAGUUGUGAAAACACCCAGCCGAAGAAGGGAGUCACGCAGUUGCAGAUGCAGCUCCCACGCUGAGCAGAGAGACAGCCAGAUCCUUUAGGGAGAGAGUGUGAGAGAGUGUGUGAGUAGCAACGCCGGAGGACGUCACUUACACUCCCACAGAGAGAGCGCUGUCACUGGAAGGCAUCUAUGCUCAUGCUUGCUGGACUGCGGAAGACUCAGCAGUCCCUGACAGAAGUCAGUAUUCUGCAGCAGAUGAAAUGAGAGCUUUGAUAAGUUACAUGUAGUCAAAAGUAGUGAGAAAAUACAGGUUUCCAGUUCUAGUUUGCUUUCAGAGGAGGCUUUAAACCACAGAGGAACACUAAGAUUGAGUGAAGUCCUUUUGCAUCACGAUGGAUCAGCCAGCCAGCAGCUGCAUGCGGAGCACCCACCCUAGCAGCCCCAUCUGGGGCUGCAUGAGGAACCCCCACUCGGGGGUCCCGGGAACCAACCUGCAGUCGCCCUACCAGCAGGGCCCGUUCUCCCUGCACCAAAAACCUGAGUUUCUGGCCUACACGGACUUCUCCACUUCCUGCUUGGUGCCAAGUGCACCCCACGCGGCCUACCCUCGUGACGACAGACUCUAUCAAGACAGCCACGGCGGUUACCCGAGAGCUGACUGGCAGUUCAACCCGUGCGAGACCCGGUCGAGAUCGACAGACACCUGCCCGCCCGUCUCGGCCACAGUGGUGGGCACCGGAGGGGCCGGAGGUCCCGAGCUGGAGAGCGUCGGGGCCGAAAGGUUGCCGGGCAGCGUCCCACCUGGGUGCCUGGAUGGAGAAUACUCGCCCCAGAGUGUGGCAUCAGCUGACUCCGACAAGAAGAGCUCUAAUAAGAGGAAGAGAGAUGUCACAGAUAUACAGGACUCCAGUUUUAAGGUUGAUUCCAACUGCAAGGCCAGGAAAGAGCGCACAGCGUUCACCAAGGAGCAGCUGAGGGAGCUGGAGGCAGAGUUCACCCACCACAACUACCUAACAAGACUCCGCCGCUACGAGAUCGCCGUCAACCUGGACCUCACAGAGAGACAGGUUAAGGUCUGGUUUCAGAACAGGCGGAUGAAGUGGAAGAGAGUGAAGGGAGGACAAUCGGCUUCGCCCAACGACCUGGAAAAUGAUGACAUGGACUCGGCCGCUUCGCCCAGCUCUGAAUGACGGAGGCCAGCACUGUAGGAAAUUACUAAAGAAAGAGGCAACUUGAUCAGCUGGACGUGAACACAUAAUUUGUUUAAUUCUGUGGAAAGUUGGCUGCAGGACGCUUUGAUUUUCGAGACUUCUUCUUUUAAUUAUCCCUUUGGAAAAAAAAAAACAGACUGGGCAGAGCUUUUCCUGUUUUCUGUUGUACAUAGUUGAUGUAACGAGCUCUUUUUUUUUUUUUUUGACAUUUUACUGAUAAAUACUCAGACUGACAGCCGCUCUGUUUUUGUACUGACUCUUUAAAUAUGAAUGAAACCUGAGCUCAGUGUGGAUCGGUGACAGACGGGAGCUUUAGGUGUCUCGAUGUCAUUUCAGACUGUGAUUGUGUUUGAAAACAUACCCUCUCCCUCCAGCGUUGUUAGCACGGUCUUUGAUGCCUGACUACAACCACCUGGAAUAACUGUUGCCAAGUCCUAAGUGCCUCAGGCGUUUUAAAAAAAAAUAAUUUGUCAUUUUCUUCUUUUGCUUAUGAUUUUUUUUUUUUCCAAGCCUUUUUUAUUGCUCUUUUUAUACAUUUCGAAUGCCAUUGAUAAAACACAGAUGUUGACUAUUCCUGCAACAAGAAUAAAUCAUCUUUUGCAAAACGGGUAA